AAACAAGAUGGCGCCCGCCAGUGAGAGUAAUGUGCCUCGGUUAUCUAAAUGGCAUUUAGCUGUUAUUCUAGGUAUAGGAACUCCAGUUGCAAUUGGAUUCGCUUAUUGGUAUUUUAAGAAAAAUAAGGACUCCAAAAAAAGCCAAAAAGGAUCCGAAGAUAUUUACUUUAACUCUCACGACAGCCUUCAAAAGAACCAUCAGAAUAACAAAUCAAAUUCCAAGAAUGAUAAACAAAAACGUUCCAGAGACACCUUAUAUCAAAGCAAAAGCCUUUAAAGAUAAAGGAAAUAAAUUAUUUAAAGAAGGUCAAUUUGACAAAGCUGUUGAAUGUUAUACAAGUGCCAUUGAAAUAUGUCCUCCUGAAUAUGUGGAUGAUCUCGCUACAUUUCAUCAAAAUAGAGCUGCUGCCUAUGAAAAUCUAAAAAAUUUCCAAGCAGUUAUAGAUGAUACAAGUAAAGCUGUUGAAUUAAAUGGAAGAUAUGUUAAAGCUUUGUACAGGAGAGCCAAAGCUUAUGAAGAAAUCAAAGAGUUACAGAAGUGUUUAGAAGAUGUAACUGCAGUUUGCAUGUUAGAUGGAUUCCAGAAUGAAGCUUAUUUAAAAAUGACUGAUAAAGUCUUAAAGGAGCUUAGCAAAGUUAUAGCCAAAGAAACAUUUAGUAAACAAGAGCCAAGGCUACCAUCAAAGCAUUUUGCUCGACAUUAUUUUAUUUCAUUCAGUGAAGACCCAGUUAUGAAAUCUGUUGAAGAAUAUAAGAAUGUAAAACAGGACAGGAAUGUUUCUGAAUUGAGCGGUUAUAGGCUAGUCAUUCAUAACCUUGCCGAAGAAGAUUUUGAACAAGUAAUUCCUAACUGUAAUGUGGAAAUUGAACGUUCUGGACCAGAUAUGCCUGAAGCACUUUUAGUACGAGGCACAUUCAAACUUCUACAAGGGCAGAUUGAAGAUUCUUUAAAAGAUUUAAAUCAUUUACUAUCUUUGGAAAGUGUUGAUGUGAAAGUUCGAGUAAAUUGCCUAAUAAAAAUUGGCACCCUAAAAGUUCAGAUGGAAAAAAUGGACGAGGCUUUGCAAGAUUUCCAAAAAGCAUCAGAUCUAGAUUUAAACAAUGCAGAUAUAUAUUUACACAGAGGACAGGUUUACCUCUUAAUGGAUCGUAUUGAUGAAUGUCUAAAGGACAUGGAGAAAAGUUGUUCCUUAAAUCCAAAUUUUCCAUCUGCUUGUGCUCAAAAGUGUUAUAUUCAGUAUAGAUGUGGGUUGAAUUUUAAUGAUGAGAAUCAAAAGAAAGCUGCUUUAAGUGGCUUUGAACAAAUAGAAAAGAAAUUUCCUAACUGUUCUGAAAGCAUUUUCCUAUAUGCCCAGGUACUAAGUGAAUGUGAACAGUAUGAAAAAUCUGAAGCAUACUUUAAAAAGGCUGGGGAAUUAGAUCCAAAUGACCCAAAUGUUUAUGUUCACAGAGGAAUUCUAAUGCUUCAGUGGAAAAGGGACAUGUCUAGUGCUAUGGAAUUUCUCAAUAAAGCGAUAGAAAUGGACGAUAAGUGCCAAUUUGGUUAUGAAACAUUAGGUACCAUAGAAGUUCAAAAUGGAAAUUUGAAACGAGGCUUAGAGUUAUUUCAAAAAGCUGUAGAUGCAGCCCAUACGGAAACAGAAUUGGCUCAUUUAUAUUCCCUAUUACUAGCUGCUAAAGCACAAGCAAAAGCUGCUGAACACUUUGGAAUACACAUAGGAUAGUGUUUAAUUGUUAUAUAAAUAUACAGAUAUGGACAAAUUAUAUUAGAUUUUUAAUUCCAUAAAUUCCCUGUUGUAAAAAAUUACUUAGAGUUGAAUGCACAGAGCUUUGCAUAAUUUGUUUUUGUUAGUUUCAGAUUUUUUAACCACUGUGCAAUUUUUCAUUGUAACUAAGUCCUAUGUAAAAUGUGGAUGACACAGUCUGCAAUAUUAAACAUUUUCAAAUGAGAUAGUUGUAAGUUUGAUUUCAAUGAACUUUCACAGAAUUAUUACAAGCACUUAAAUGCCUUUUAAAAAUUGUUUAUAGUAUUAGUUUAAUUAUAUGUAAGCAUUGUGCAUAUACUGGAAAAGCCACAGAGAUGUCAAUUGUAAAAUAUUAUGUUAUAAAGUGGAAGGCAAACAUUUUCAGUACAUAUUUUUUUCAUUUGAAGUAUAUGAAAAUUAAUCUGAUGAAGUUCAACUAUUCAAUAAUCAUUUUAAAUUUGUUUUAAAAACUUCUGUAAUCAUGGCUUAUAUAAAUUCGUAACUAUAUAUCGUAUUUUUACUCAUCCGUAUUCUUAAAAUUCUUUUCUUACUGAAAUCUAUGCUUACUAAAUCUCAAUUCUGCGGCUACAUUAGUUCGACCAUUUAUAUUUUGUUUAUUAUUUGCUAUUUAAGCUUUCAACUGUAAUCUAACAGGACACAAUCAGUGUUUUGCAUUUAACCAUAAUAUUAACACCUUUUUAAUCUUUAAGCUCUGAUUCAAUAUUAAAAUAUAUUACAGCAUUUACUUUUAGACUCUUAAGUUUUGAGACUCAAAAGUUAAAUAUUUUACUUUAUUUACUAAAGGUAUCUGCCAAAUGUUCCUAAAGUAUGUUUCUUAUUCUUAUAAACUUAAAUCUCAUUACAUUUAAUGAAGUUGUGUUUGUUUCUCUAUUAUUUUCAUUUAAAUGUAGUCAUUGAAUCAUAAAAUAUGUUAAUUGGAACUGCUGUGUAGUAUAUUUUCUGUACAUAUGUUUUAAAUCACAGCAAGUGGAUCUUUUUUUUCCCCUUCAGUUAAAAAAAAUAAUAGGCUUGAAUGUUUUUGUUAGGUAUUACUGUAAAUUGGUGUGACUAUCAUUUUAAAUUGGAAGCAUCACUUUUGUGCAUUUUUUUUUUUAGGGGAACAGAAUUUUUCUGCUUCUAAUUUUAGUUUCACUGUAAAAUCUUAUUGAUGGUAUUUAUCCUUAUUUUAUGAACCGGCAAAAUUAUUAUAACCAAAUAUAAAACUAACAAAAGCAAAAAAAAAAAAAAAAAAAAACAAGCAUUUGUGCCAAAUACAGUAUAUUAUAUGAAUAAUAAACUAUGUAAAUCUACAAAAGCAAAAGUAAAAAGGAAAAAAAAAAAAAAAACUUGCUUUUAAGAAAGAGGGAGUCUUACUGUACAGUUUUCUGUAUUUUACACUGAUGUAUUUUAACAACAAAAGAAUUUUAAGCAUUAAAUGCACUAGACAUUUUCAAAAAUUUAAAAAUCUUGAAAAAAAAAAUCUUUAUAAAAAAAAUUCUUUAUAAUAAAAAGUGUGAAAUGUCAAAUUCUCAGGGUACGUGAUUUUCCAGACAAUUCAGAGUGGGAAAAGUAGAAUUCAUUUAAAAAUAUUGAAUGAAACUGACCAUUUUAAAUUAAAAAUCAGAAUUUUAAUGUUGGUUCAAAAUUGAAACAACAGAUUAUAAAAAUUACAAUAGCAAAAACGAAACCUGUACAAAAACGUCAAUCUCAAAACUGCUUCUCAAAAUCGUGACUUCAAGAGCAGACCAUUCUCCUUCAAAGUGAAAAUUAUACAUUUCCUGUCGUUAAUUUAUUCAUCAAGUUUUAUUUUUAUUUUUCAAAAAUGAUUUAUGUUUAUUUUCAAUUUUCAUUCUAUUUCAAAACAUGACGCCGUAUGGAGGAAUGCUGAAACAAAAUGAGAGUUCCAAAGAAGUACAAGAUUAUUGGUUUCUGAUCCAUACCUUCAUGAAAUUCUUAUGACAUCCAACAAAUUAACUAGUUUAAACUUCAGCAAAAGCAGAGAAGCAUAUUCUUAAAGGUUUCAUCAUUCGUUGUUUUGCACAAAACUUGCAAUAUUACUUAAUCUGAUACAUUUUCCUUACUUUUUUUUUU